UCCGCGUCCAUCGCACCUGCUCCUGAUCCCACUCUCUUCCUCGCCCUCCUCGCGCCGUGAUUCUACUGCCGCGGCUUGUCUCCCGGUUCCUGCUAGUCUCUGAGUUCUGGUUCCGUCUCGCGCCGGUCUCGCCAUGGGGAAGAGCAAGAAGAGCAAGGCCCGCGGCGGCGGGGACGACCUGCUCGACAGCAGCGACGCCGACAGCGUGGGCUCCUCGUCCACCGUGCUGUCGGAUCUCUCCAUCUCGUAUGCCACCGAGCACGUCAAUUCGCAGGAGUUCGUCCUCGACAAGUACAUCGACGACCUCUACGAAAAGAGGGGAUCUACAAGAGAGGCAGCAUUGGUUAAACUGGUUGAUGCCUUCGAAAGUUUUAUGCUUCAUGGUCUUGUGGAGAACAAGUAUGCCACUCUUCUAAGUCAAUUCAACAAUUCUGUGAAAAAGGGAUCUACUAAGGAGGUUUUUCUGGCAUCUCGUGCCAUCGGGUUAUUGGCCAUUACGCUCGGUGCUGGGAGCAGUUCGCAUGAAAUUAUGGAGGAGUCACAUCCCCAACUUUGUAGAGUACUUCAAGCUUGGUCCGAUGCCUCAAAGAUGAUAUCUGCACUUGAUUGUUUGGCUGUCAUCACAUUUGUUGGUGCAACUGAUCUGGCUGAAACAGAGUUAUCCUUGAAAGCCAUGUGGGAUGUGAUUCAUCCAAAGUCUGGUUCAAAUGUGGGAACUGUCAGGAAACCUAAGCCUCUUGUGUUAGCAGCUGCUAUAUCUGCAUGGACAUUUCUCCUAACUACUAUUGGUUCAUGGAGGAUAAAUACUGACAGCUGGAAAGAGCCCAUCGCGUUUCUCUCUACUCUUUUAGAAGCAGAGGAUCGUGCUGUUCGAAUGGCCACUGGUGAAGCAUUGGCUUUGUGUUUUGAGUUAAAUCUGCUUGAUGUUUCUUCUUGUGAAGAUGGCGAUGCCAACACAGGAGGAACUGGUGGUUCUAAGAACAAGCUUUUCUUGGAUAUGCAAGCUUUAAAAGCCAAAAUAUCUGGUCUAGCCUCUAAUCUCUCCGCAGAGGCUGGAGGGAAAGGUGCAGACAAGAAAAACCUUACUGAUCAAAGAGACUUGUUUCAACGAAUCUUGGAUUUUGUCAAGUAUGGCGAAUGCCCUGAAGAAUCAAUUAAGAUUGCUGGAAAGCGUGAUGUCUUAAGGGUUUCAUCAUGGUCUGAACUAAUCCAGUUGAAUUUCUUAAAGCGGUUCCUUGGGAAAGGCUUUCUGAAGCAUGCGAAGGAGAAUGGACUUCUUCAAGAUAUAUUUGAUAUUAAGGUUGACACAACCGAAACUCUGUCAUCCACUGAUAAGAAAAUCUUUAGGUCUGAAGAAGAAAAAGAAAGAGCUUUGAAAUUGAACAAGGAGCGUCGUCUAGCCCAGGCGAGGAAGAACGCUGCUAUGUUGGUCGAGUAACAAGGUUACAAGGAUGAGAAAACAACAGCCAUUCUGUGUCUCUCUUUAUAUCUGAACAUUUAUCCCUGUAAACUACUGUUAGCACAACCCAUUGGAGCUUGUGCGUUCAUGAUAGUGUACGUGAUGCAAGAGUAAUAUUACACUACUGUUGGUGCAUCUGGAACGUCAGAUAGCAUGAUUUAUGCGGGAAUAUAGUUAUCAAGUUUCUUUGUAGUUGUCUACUUUCACGGCAGGUUUUGUUUGAGGGUCUGCCCCAUUCUAAGAUAUGUUGAUAUGUUGUCGCAGACAGUUACAUCACUCUGAUCCAUGAUGAUAUAUUGGUAUCGCUUGAGACAUGUUUUA